CCCUUCUUCUGUAAAAAACCUCUAUAUAGUUAUUCAGACAUACACUGUAAUAAUGGUUCUUUUUUAUCUUUUGCUACUGACUAUUGGAUGGACAGCUGGUUGUCCAGACGAGGAAGUACCACCUUGCAAAUGCACGCGGAUCGGUUUCCAUAGUUCCACCAUUGAUUGCACUAAUGUCGACAACGUCGACACUUUCAGAACAUCCAUCUACAACAUUCGAACAUCAAUUACUCCAAUCCGCGCGUUGCACAUAUUAAAUUCGAACAUUUUAUAUUUGCCUAGUGGUCUUUUUGAUGGACUUGCCUUCGAGAGGUUGGUGAUUGAUAACUCGACGAUAAUGUCUCUGAGUGAUUCUGACACGGCUCUGGUUGGACUCGAGAAAAGCUUGAAAACUCUGAUUAUUCAGGAGUGUACAGUGCUCAAUGGACUGGAUUGGUAUCAAUUGAGGAAUCUGGAGGCUCUGAGGGAAUUGACGACGUUAAAGACUGGAAUGAUGGCCAUUGAUGACGAAGUGAAAGGGAUUGCUGGGUUGAACCUGACGAAACUGAUGUUGACCCAAGACCAAAUUUCGUACAUCAGUGAAAAUGCAUUUUCUACGUUUCAUUAUCUUGAAACGCUUUCACUUAAAUACAAUUUGAUUGGUAAUAUGACGAGGAGUAUGUUUCCAAAUCCAGCCAACAAGUUAGCUCAAAUUAUAUUGAGCUACAACAAAAUUUCAUCCCUACCAUCCGAUUUUUUUACAAACAUGCCAAGUCUGAUAUCUGUUGUUUUGGCUGGAAAUGAAUUCUUAACACUUGACCAGGCUCUGUUUGCUCCCAUAUGGAAGAACUUAAACAAGAUUGAUGUAGGCGGUAAUGCAUUAAGAUGUGAUUGCAGAAUGAAAUGGUUGUUUGCACAACGCUUUCCGAGGAACACUUGGGGUUCAUGCGGUGAACCAAAACAAUUGAAUGGAAAAGAUCUUGUCAAUUUGUCUGAAUCAGAUCUUUGGUGUUAUUAAGAAGAAAAAAAACACUAAGUAAAUUUUAAAAUGUUUCAUAAGAACAAUGCUUUCAAAA